AUGGGUUUACCAAAUCAGACGUCAAGCAAAGAGAUGGUGAAGAACAAGAACAAGAAUGUGGCCGGAGGGCUUUUAGCACCGCUCACAAAAGACUAUCCUGUCGGAUACUAUAGGGACGGCUAUUGUAGAACCGGCCCCGACGACCCUGGAAACCACUCGGUUGGAGCCACCGUCAACCAAGAGUUUCUUGAAUUCACAAAGUCAAAAGGCAACAAUCUGGAAAAGGCAGGCGUCAAAGAUGGAAUGAGAUGGUGUCUAUGCGCCACUAGAUGGAAAGAAGCAUUUGAUGCGGCGCAGAGAGGGCACCUCGCGCAGUCUGCCGUCCCCCAGGUGCAUCUCCAUGCCUCGCAUGACAAAGCGCUUGAAGUUCUUCAAUACAGCGACAUGCGCAAGUAUUCUCAUGGUGGUGAAGUACCUGCAGGCCAGAAUAGGAACCGACAGGCCGAUUACCAUUCGGGCGACACGCGGCGCGGCAUAGUGAAGGAGAGCAGUGAGAUCAGUGGACACUGA